UCGGCGAGCGACGAUAAUCGAGAAAGAUGAUGAAGAUUUAUUUUCCUUGCCUUUUUUUGGUAUAAAUAUCGCUUUGGCGACUUGAAAGUGACACUUGAGACGGUUUGAGUUUCAAGAUGUUCCGGCGAACUUUGGAUGAUGUUAAGAGUGUGGCGACAACAUUUAUUGAGUUCUUGGGGGAAAAUGGUUUAAAACAUGAAAUGCCGAGGUCCGAUUUGAAGAGCAUCUUUGAAUCAAGAUAUCGUCGUAAAUACAAUACACCGGGAGUUUCUUUCUCAUCUGUGCUUAACGCACUCAAAUAUCACUUACGCCAAUGUCAGGAAAUCCACGGCCUCGUUAUCUUUGGUAGCGGGGAGGCAGCAGCGCUUCGAAUGCUCUCCCUUGACGUUCCUGAGGAGUCGAGUUCUGACGAGGAAGGAGAAAUGUACAGGAGGAACCCUCGUUGCAAGAUUUGCAAGAGAAGUUUUCAGGAUAUUGCAGCCCUUGCAAAUCAUUUAGAAACGGUCAGUCACCGUCAACAGAAUGUCUUGAAGAAUAUUCGAGAAUCAGUAGAGAAGCCCGCCCUUGUAUUGGAUAAAAAUGGAAUAAUGGUUACCUCCGAGCCUCCAGGUGACGAAAAUGGCGUCAUUGAGUUAAAUGUUGGAAAGGGAGAGAGAGGAAGAAUAAAUUUAGUUGUGGAUAAUGCAGGCACCGAGGAAGUUAAAUUAAAGGACAUAACUCUUUUAUGGAAAGUGAAUUUCUUUGAUUACUCUGACAUAUCAGCAAUUGGACCAGAUCGAGGACAUCUUUACGCAGGAAAGAGAAGUACAUUUUCUAUAGGUUGCAAAAAUCGACGCGAGUAUGGCUACUCGUAUGUACCAGUUGUGCUCACAUUCAAAAAAGAGAACGGUUCAGAAUUUCACAUCUUGAGGUUUUUAGCUGUGCAGAUUAUUAGCGACCUGUUUGAGGAGCUUAGGCCGACUACACGGUAUCGGACUCCAUCCAAAGCCCAGAAGGUUCCAUGGGAUGUCAAAACUACGAGGGGCUUGGCACUACCACCGCUAAGGCGAGAUGGCUUAAGAAUGGAGAGAUUGGAGCGCUAUGAAGUCCCUCCCACUGUCAUUGCUCAGCAGAAUCGAAAGGGAAUCAGGGAACAGCUAGAGAAACCACUAACUUUUGACAGCUACAAGGACAGGUUUCGUCUGCUUCUUCAGUUAGAAGAAAUUCAAAUGAAAAACGACAUCAGGUUCUACGAUAUGAAAGAGGUAGAAAUGGAAGAGGAUAGUACUGACGUACCAGGCCUUGCUGAAAACCGUCCUUCGGUAUUGCGUGGAGAUAGAAUCUAUGCAUACGAACAUGGUGUGCGCCAACAUCGGUACGAAGGAAUUGUUCAUAAAGUUCAACUGCUGAACGUCAAACUUGGAUUUGACAGGUCACAGAUACCGUUCAUAAAGGGGAAAAAGUUCGACAUUCAGUUCACGUUCAACAGACUGACGGUGCAAAUGGAACAUCGUGCAUGUGAGCGGAUUGCGCCGGAGAAAAGGAAAGAAAUGCGACAAGUCCUUUUUCCACAACGAGAAAGUCUUGUUCGCAGACCUGAGAUUGAUAAAAGAGUUGACAACAGAUCCUUUUACGAUCGUAACUUAAACGAUGAACAAAAGCAGGCGGUCCAGAAGAUUUUGUCAGGAUCAUCGCGCCCUGCUCCUUAUCUCGUGUUUGGACCCCCCGGAACUGGAAAAACUGUGACGUUGGUGGAAGCUAUCAAACAGGUACAUAAUCAAAUUGAGUCAAGUGUUAUUCUGGCGUGUGCGCCUGAAAACAGUGCCGCUGAUCUGUUAGCCGAGCGUUUAGUGGCUCACGUCGAUAAGGGGAAGUUAUUCAGGAUGUAUGCUGCAUCAAGACCUUGGGAAUUCGUGUCACAACCUCUCAAGGACGCUCAAGUGGUAAAUUUUGAUCGAGUCACACGUGAAGUGUAUUAUCCCUCAAAGGAGGAAUUGACGGAGAACUAUCGCAUAAUUGUUUCUACUUUGGUAACCGCAGGAAGGCUGGUUUCUGCAUUAUUCCCGCGGCAGCAUUUUACACACAUUUUCAUAGACGAGGCAGGGCAUGCAACAGAACCUGAGUGUAUCAUCCCUGUGGCGGACCUUCUGGACCCUGAUAACCCCAGGGGCGGUCAGCUGGUGCUUGCGGGAGACCCUAAGCAGUUAGGACCAAUCCUUAGGUGCAAAACAACACAAGAAAAUGGCCUCGGCAUUUCCCUCUUGGAGCGGUUGAUGACGUCGUGCAACACGUACUGGCGAGAACCAAACUACGAUCCGAAUCUUUUGACAAAACUGGUCAACAAUUAGCGUUCCCACCGAGACAUCAUCGAGAUUCCCAAGAAACUGUUUUAUGACGAUGAAUUAAAUGAAUGCGCUGGGGAUUUUAGAAACAUUAUGCUCAAUUGGGAGGAGCUGCCGAAUAAGCAAUUUCCAAUGAUCUUCCACGCGGUGUAUGGCAAAGACGAACGAGAAGAGAACAGCCCUUCGUUCUUUAACGUAACUGAGGUGGAAACCGUGGAAUUUUACCUGAAGAAACUUUUGGACGACAAAGAGAGAAGCAAAAGGCUUAUGCACCUUAAACCUGAGAUGGUUGGAAUCAUUUCGCCGUACAAGAAACAGGUGCAAAAGAUUCAGAAGAUGAUUGAAAAGAGACGACUCGGGUCAGGAAUUAAAGUUGGCAGCGUGGAAGAAUUCCAGGGACAAGAACGUAGAGUGAUCAUCUUGUCAACUGUAAGGAGCACCAACAAAGAUUACCUUGACAUGGACAAAGAAUUUCGCCUUGGAUUCUUAGACAACCCGAAGCGAUUCAACGUGGCCGUAACUCGUGCCCAGGCUCUCUUGAUUGUGAUAGGAAACCCAGAUAUGCUUUGUAUGGAUGGAAACUGGACAAGACUUCUGGAGUAUUGCAAUCAAAACAAGGCUUGGGUUGGUGCUGAAAGGAAAAACGAAGUUGAGAAUAUAGCAAACGUUCUGAGAAAACUUCACCUCUACCCAGUGGAAUAUCAAUCAUCAGAAGCUGAAGACUCGGAGGUCAGUCAACGUCAACUACAAGAACAGCCAGAGUGGCUGAGGCGUGAAUGAUGUUCUGCUGCAAUAGUCUCCAAAACUUGUCGUGCUCAAGUCUGUGGAAUGCAUCUUGGAAGUUGUUCAUAGAACAAGUGAUGUCUUGGAUGGUUGCAAGCUUAGAUUUAAAUUUAAUUUUUUGCAACUGGAGUUGCCAGCACAUGAUUAUAGAAUGUGCUUAAACAUGUGAUGCAGUAAUUCGAAGGUAUAAGAUUAAAAAGGUGAAUUAACACUAGUGUGGUGUGCCAAACAUUGUUUUUAAUUGACAUGAAGCAGAAAAUAACAAAUAAAAAUCAAGACCAAAAAAUUAUAAAAAAAAUGUCAUGGUAGUCAAAAACAAAUAGAAACUUAUAAAUGAAUAAAUCUCAGUGCUCUAACUUGUCGUUUUGAUAUUUAUUCUUGAACUAAAAUACAAUGCCUCCCUUAUUUUACUUACUGUAAUUCCAAUGUGGCUGGCACAGACUAUAAUUUUAUAUUCUGUUGAAAUUAUUUACAAAUUAGUGGUAUUCAUCAUUAUCUAUCAGUGACUAUUUAUUUCAAUAAAUCAGAGGGAAAAUGGUUUAAAUUUAUUAUUUAACUUUGAACUUGACUGGAAAUAAACAAUACCUUAUUAUACUGCAUUCCUUGUAUUUAAUGAGGAAACAAUAAAAUUACAAAGAGGUGUUGACAAAAUAUGACCAGUAAAUGUGAUACCUGAAUAAAACCUUUAUUUACAAUACAAUGUGUAGUUUGCAAAGUAA